AUGGCUGAAAUAACAAAAUCGAUUCAAAAAUGGCAGAACAAGAAUAAAAGUGGAGACGAUCAAGAAAUUGAUCGAAUAUCCCUGUUGCCAGACAACAUUUUGCAAUGCAUCUUGUCUUUCUUACCUCCAAAAUACGCAACUCGAACCAUUGUUUUGUCCAAGCAAUGGCAGCGUUUAUGGGAUAGACUCUCUCGUGAAGAACAAAAUCUCCCAGCGCAACAAUCACCAAGGCUACUGAAAAAACAGAGUAUAAAGUAUAUUUACGUGCCUUCAGAUUCUACUGAAUCAGCUUUAAUCCUAAUUGAUGGCAGACUGAACGUGAUAAAUCAUCCUGAAAUCACGACUUCUUUGCGGAAGCUGAUUCUGGUUGAUGUGUUAUUGCCUGAAGAAAACUCUCUCGAGGAAGCAUUAUCUGAGUGCCAUUGGAUUGACGAGAUAGACCUUUGUUUUCCCGACGGGUUGAAGCUCGGCGGCUGUAACUGGCGCCCUGGAUUGCCGACGUUGCCUUAUAAACCCUUGACGAAAAUGUAUCUGGAGAUCCCCAACAUAACUGACGACUGGCUUCAAGCCCAGAUUUUCGGAAAGUUGCCGUUUCUUCAGGAGCUGAGAUUGCAGAAAUGCCACAUGCUGGAAACGUUAAACGUUUGUUCUUCGUCGCUUGACUGUUUAUAUGUGGUGAAAUGUCACCGCUUGAAAGCAAUCAAACUCGAGGCCCCAUCUCUGCAACGGUUUCUGUACAAUGGCCGUAACGUUAUUUCUUUCUUGUCGACUCCAGUUACUGCAGAUUGCCGUGUUCAUCUGUACAAAGAAGAUCGCAAUGAGGAGUUGAAGUUGCUUCAACUUAUUGCGGAUUUAGCCAAGUUCAGCCGUGGCAAUGACUUUCGAGUCAGAGUCAACUGCUUCACCAUGGCAGAACUCUUCAAUCUCCAUAUUGAAAUAGAGAAAAUAUCCAAACAGAAAUAUCAGAGAAUUCCUGAAGAUUUGAGAGGCCUUCUUCUUCCAAUGGUCAGCGUUCCAUCAUUUUCGUUAGAUGUAACUGUUAAACAAUCAAGUUUCAGAGAUUUCGUCGCCCCAAAACGUAACUGGUUUUCGUGUUUCUCUGACUGUUUACACAUGAUUCCGAACAAAGACGAUCAAUUCAUGGAGUAUCUACGUGAUGAGACUUGGCGCAGAGAAACAUAUAGAUCCUGGCCCUCCAACCGAAAUACAGUAGACUGGUCUGAGAUCUUAUUGUGUUAA